UUCUUCCUUUCAGACAGUUUUUGUCGGAAAGAAAAAGCCACUGAGAGAUCCGCUGAGCCCGUUUGGCUGGCAGGGCUUCAAGCUAGAAGACUACCUCAUCGGCCGACCCCUCGGGAAGGGCUGCAGCGCCGCUGUGUAUGAAGCAGCCCUUCCUUUGCCCUCCGAUGGCCAAGGGAGCGUGGAGGGAAACCCUUCCCAGGGCCCGGAAGAGGAGGCUGGGCCCAAACACCAACAAAAAGCAGCUUUUCCAUUAGCCAUCAAAAUGAUGUGGAAUAUUUCGGCCGGUUCUUCGAGCGCGGCCAUCCUCCGCGCCAUGGGGAAGGAGCUUGUUCCAGCCACAGCGGUGGCCUUGGCUGGAGAGUACGGAGCCGUCCCUUGCCACAGAAACGCCGUCUUUGGGAGGAAGAAGUUGCAGCCUCAUCCAAAUAUAAUCCAGGUGAUCCGAGCCUUCACGUCCUCUGUCCCUUUACUGCCCGGAGCCCUCACGGACUAUCCUGAUGUUCUGCCCUUAAGCUUGAAUCCCAGAGGGAUUGGUCACAACCGUACGCUCUUUCUGGUGAUGAAGAAUUACCCCUGUACCCUGCGCCAGUAUCUGUGGGAGAACGUUCCAGAUGUUCGUCUUGCCACCAUGAUGAUUCUGCAGCUGCUGGAAGGUGUGGACCAUCUUGUUCGACAUGGAAUAGCCCACAGAGACUUGAAGUCUGACAACAUCCUCAUGGAAUUUGAUUCUGCUGGCUGUCCUUGGCUGGUGAUCACCGACUUCGGUUACUGUUUGGCAGAUGAAAGUACUGGCUUGAGACUGCCUUUCACCAGCAAUUCCGUGGAUAUAGGUGGCAACGGCGCUCUCAUGGCACCUGAGGUGAUCACAGCAUCGUCUGGUCCUGGCAUGGUGAUUGACUACAGCAAAGCCGACGCGUGGGCUGUGGGAACAAUUGCCUAUGAAAUCUUUGGCCUAGUCAAUCCUUUCUACGGCUACGAGGAUUCGACUCUGGAAAGCAGGAGUUACCGUGAGGACCAGCUGCCCAAACUGCCUGGUCACGUGCCCCGUGAGGUGCAGCAAGUGAUAAAAAUGCUACUUCAGAGGGAUCCCAGCAAGAGAAUAUCUGCUCGAGUGGCUGCUAACGUGCUUCACUUAAGCCUCUGGGGUGAAGGCAUUCUGGCCUCUGAGACCCUGACGCUCGACCAGAUGAUUGCCUGGCUUCUCUGCCAGUCUGCAGCCACUCUGCUCACGGACGGACUGGUGGAUGAAAGCAGGGUAGAAACCAAAAUGAAGAUGUGCUUCCUGGCAAACCUCGAAUAUGAGGAUCUCUGGGCCGCAGUGUUCUUGUUGCUGUCCUGGAGAAACCAGUCUGGGUGAAGGGGGCAGUUGGAGCCAUGACCGUGCAGUA